AUGGCAGCCCAGCUGGUGUCUCUGCCCGAAGUCGAGAGACUGAGUCCGGCCUGCAUCCGCAUUCUCGGAGGGAACCCCAGCAAGUUCACAUUGCAAGGCACAAACACCUACCUCGUUGGCACAGGACCCAAGAGGUUGCUCAUUGAUACCGGAGAAGGGAAGCCUUCCUGGAUCGCAGCACUCAAGCGCACGUUGGCCGAGGAGAAGGCGUCGGUUCACAGCACGCUUCUGACGCAUUGGCAUCAUGACCAUAUAGAUGGCGUCCGCGACCUACUGACCCACAGCCCCGACACCAAGGUCUACAAGUGCGACCCUCAUCCGGGCUGGGCAGACAUUGAGGAUGGGCAGACAUUUGAGGUGGAAGGCGCGACAUUGACAGCCGUGCACACGCCGGGGCACGCGGUAGACCACAUGGUGUUUGUCUUACGCGAGGAGAACGCCCUGUUCACGGGCGACAAUGUCUUGGGACAGGGUACAGCAGUGUUUGAAGACCUCGCAACUUACCUUGAAAGCCUCGAGAAGAUGGGCAAGCUUGCGUCCGGGCGAGGCUACCCCGGCCAUGGACCCGUUCUUCCGGACGCGCCGGCAAAGAUCUCGGAAUAUAUAGCUCACAGACGUGAGCGGGAGCAACAAGUUUUACAGACGUUGGGCUCGACCAAUGCAUCAGCGACAUCAACGUCGAGCAGCUCGGGACGGACCGACUCGUGGACCCCGAUGGAACUGGUCAAGGUGAUAUAUCGAGAUUACCCGGAGAGCCUCCACCAGCCAGCCGUAGGCGGUAUUAUACAGAUUCUGCAGAAGCUGAAGGCCGAAGAUAAGAUUUCAUUGGAACGGGGCGACACCUGGCGUCUGAAGGAUCGUUCAAGCCUCUGA